UCUCGCCAUGUACUCUUUCCCUUCAGCUGCAAAAUAAGAAUUAGUUGCCGACUCCGGCGACAUAAAUCCCGAGAUCGUUUUCCGAUCCCAUACCCAUUCCUUCUAAAUCUACUCCGCCGCGCCGUUCCGGUGAAGAAGACGAUCAAAGACACGCUAGGAAUCCAUCUGCUACCUUGCUCCACAGUAAAGCUGCAGGUUUGAAAAACCAUUGGAGGAAAGACGUUAUUUAUCAGCUAAAGAUGGUUGGCCGAAGUAGUUACGUCCCUCCUGCAUAUGUUCCAAUAGGACAGUCUGAUUCAGAAGCAGGAAUUAUAUCCAGCAAUGAGGGCCAUGCUGCACCUAUUGAAUCUAAGGAUGGAUUGACACAAUGGUCAUCUGGAAUCUGUGCAUGCUUCGAUGAUACGCAGAGCUGUUUUAUUGGCCUUUUUUGUCCAUGCUUUCUGUUUGGAAAGAAUGCAGAGGUUUUGGGUUCUCGAACAAUGUUUGGGUCAUGCGCAACUCAUUUCAUUUUGUGGGCACUUACGAAUGCAGUCUGCUGCUUAUUGACUGAUGGAGUUUUGUGGAAUGUACCUGGAUGCUUUGUUGCAUGUUAUGCUUGUGGCUACCGCAAGGAACUCCGGUCGAAGUACAAUUUGCCAGAAGCACCUUGUGGAGACUUCGUUACUCACUUCUUCUGCCAUUUAUGUGCUAUCUGUCAAGAAUAUAGGGAGAUCCGUGAAAGAGCUGGUGGAUCUGGUUCCCAUGAUUUGAAUCUGGCUGUUGUUACCCCACCAACAACUCAGACGAUGGAACCUAACCAGGAAAAAUAGUUUGGCCAUUGCUGGUGCUACCGAGUAAUACCGGUAAUUUAUCAGACUGCUCGCUUAGCACAGAGUUCCUUCUUUCCCUCUUAUUCUUAUGGGAUUUAUUCCUUCUAUCUCCCUCUCCCUUUUUGUUGUGAUUGGAGUAGACUUUCCUCUUUUUCAAUUUUCAUACAGGAAGUAGGUAGAAAGGGAGACAAUAUUCCUGUUGUUUCAAUUUCUCCUGAACAGUUAAAGCUUCUUUAAAUUAAAACCCUCUGGCCAUCUUUUGUCUA